UAAAUAAUAUUAUUAAUGCUCGUGCCACUAAAAAAUUAGGGACGAUGUCAAUGUACUGACAAUCUUUGUUAUUUAUUAUUAUCAAUUUAUAUCAAAGGCUUAACGUGGUUCCAUCAAACUAGUUUUUCUACACUGCUAUUCUAUAUAUAGAUAUGUUUAUUAUCCUAUAUAUGUAUGUGGAUCUUCGGUGGUUCAUAUAAAACGUGAAAUAUCUCCUAAGAAUACAGUCGUGUCUGAGAAAUAAAUUUUAUUUUUAAAAAUGAAUUCCAAAAUUGCAUUUUUAGUGUUUGCUUUGUGCGUAGCGUAUUCCGGUGCCGGUGUUGCUCCGUUCAUCAAAAAAUGCAAAUCCGAAGACUCGAAAUGCCUCAAGGAAGUGACGCAAGCCACGAUCCCGAUCUUCACAGCUGGUCUUCCUGAACUUGGAGUACAGAGGCUGGACCCUUUCUACAUGAAGACCUUGGACGCCAGCUCACCUGGACUCUCCCUGAAACUGUGGGACGUCAAUGGAACUGGGCUAAAGGAUUGCAUUGCCAAGAAAGUCCAGCGUGAUGUGAGCAAAUCAAAACUGAUCGUGAAACUCCAGUGCACUGUUGACUUCGUCGCAAAGUACGAGAUGAACGGCCGUCUUCUUGUCUUGCCUAUUGAAGGAAAGGGAGAUGCUCACGUUGUUCUGAGGAAGGUUGUGAUCACCGCUGAUGUUGACAUGGGAGACAAGAUUGGCAAAGAUGGUGAGAAACACUGGAAAGUAAAGAGCUUCAGACACACCUAUGACCUUAAGGAUGAGUCCACCAUUGAGUUGGAGAACCUGUUCAAUGGAAACGAAGUUCUUGGCCGUGCUGCCCGCGAUCUGAUCAAGUCAAGCAGCAACGAAAUCGUCAAGGAAGUCGGACCCCCCAUCGUCAAAGCCAUCGUCUCCAAAAUCGUCGACACCGUUGAUCACUUCUUCCAAAAUGUUCCUGCUAGCGAAUUGUCUCUUGACUAAAAAAAUAGAUAAUAAUUUGCAAUAUUUGUGAUAAAAUAUUAUGAAACAAGUCUGUUCAUUUGAUUAGUAUAAUUUAUUGUCUCUGCGACUAUUUGAACAAAGAAUAUUUUGUGGUUGUACGAGCAAGGUAAUUGAAUAUAUUAUCUUUGUAAACGAAUACACUUCCUAAAAUAUAUUUUACUUCCUAAUA